ACACACAGUCGACGUCAUUGCGUUUCAAACGUGCUAAACUUCUUUUUUCUUUUUCUCCGUUAUUUCACCACGUUUAUUUUUCUUUUUUCCUGAAGGUGUGUGUACUACUAGAAGGUAGUUGUCAGUGUGUGUGUGUGUUAUUAAGAAUUGGGCGGGUUUUUGAGAAACUUGGUGCGAUCCCAAAGACCUAAACUCGACACAGACUCAAAAAUUUUCCCCUCCCCUUCCUCACCGUUAGUGUAUAGCUCAGGGCAUUGGGCUGAACAGGCAUCAGAGAACAACCAGCCGCCGACUAGUAAGCAACCGAAAUUUCCAAGUCUCCCUUCAACUUUCCAGAACAAUUAUUACAGGCAAAUCAAUGGCUGGUUUCCGCUUGCCGUGUUUCAAAUCGUUGGCUAAUUUGAGUGGACUAUCAGCUCGUGUUUCGACGGGCCCCCAACAUCUCCAACAGCUUCAAAAGCUCCAGAAUUCACUCCAGUCUAGACGCAGGAGCAGCACCGCCUCGAGCGUCAACUUAUCAUCGGAAAGAAUCAAUGACAAUGUCGUCUAUUCCCGUCACGAGGAUUGUUUUCUCCACAGUCAAACGGUGGUGCAGAGAUUCUUUGACCAGGCUUCCCUAUGGCCCAAUCACACAGCUGUGGAAUGUGGGAUAACUGGACGCAAGUAUACGUACGACAAAGUGCGCAUGCUUACCCGUCGUUUCGGCUCUGCCCUGGUCAGAAUGGGAUUCAAAAAAGGCGAAGUAUUGGGAUUGGUCCUGCCCAAUCUGCCAGAGUUCCCGAUUACUAUGCUUGGAGCCGCUGGCAUCGGUAUGCCCGUCACUACCGUUAACCCAAUCUACACUGCCGAAGAAAUUGCGCGCCAGAUGCAAAAUUCCGGAACAUCCGUCAUCGUUACUAUCCCACAAAUGGCCGAUACUAUCCGUGAAGUGGCCAGCAUGUGCCCGUCAAUUCGUCAACUCAUUGUAGUUGGCGAACCCCAAGAAGGAUUUGUUUCUCUGAUGGAAAUGUUCCAAGAUUCUGGUGAUCUUUUCGACGAGAACAUUGAGCUUGAUCCAUUUGAUGACAUGUUUGUGCUGCCCUAUUCAAGUGGAACGACCGGUCUUCCUAAGGGAGUCAUGCUCACCCAUUCAAACAUUUGCGCCAACAUUCAGCAAAUCAUUCAUCCUGGAACAGCUAGACCUAUUCCAACAACAUCCAAUAACGUGUCAGACUCCUUUCAAGAAGUUUACAUCUGCGUGCUUCCAUUUUUCCACAUUUACGGAAUGGUCGGCACAAUGCUCACCGGUUUGGAUCACGGUGCCAAACUUGUGACCCUGCCGCGUUUCGAAAGCGAAUCGUUUCUCAAUUGCUUGUACCAACAUCACCCAACCAUGCUGCAGCUGGUUCCCCCAUUGGUUUCGUUCCUUGGACAUCGCCCUGACCUGAAAUUAGACGCCUUUCACAGAUUGCACACAGUCUUUUGUGGAGCCGCUCCAUUGGGCCCCUCUGCGGCCAAUAAGCUUAUGGAUCGAUUGGGAAGACGGGAUAUUCUAAUGCAAGAAGGUUACGGAAUGACAGAGUCAUCUCCCGUCACUCAUAUGAGUCCAAUCAUCAACAACGAAAUCGGUUCAUUCGGAGAGCCAGUAUCGCGUACCCGAGUGAAAAUUAUGGAUCUCAAUACUGGCGAAUCGCUUGGACCAGGACAAGAAGGAGAGAUGUGCGUUUUUGGUCCUCAAGUCAUGAAAGGUUAUUACAAAAACGAGAAGGCCACCGAAGAAACCAUCGACAGCGCGGGAUGGCUCCACACGGGAGAUAUUGCUUAUUACAAUGAACAAAACCAGUUCUUUAUCGUCGAUCGUCUCAAAGAGCUCAUCAAGGUUAAGGGACUGCAGGUAUCACCAUCUGAACUGGAAGAUGUUUUACGGCGCCACCCGGCUGUUUUGGAUGUAGCUGUGAUCGGUAUUCCCGAUGAUAUGUCUGGUGAACUUCCUCGCGCAUAUGUCGUCAAGAAAAAUGGCGUCUCUGUCACCAAGGAAGACAUUGCCGAGUUUGUCGACGCCAAAGUAGCUCCUCAUAAAAGACUCAAGGGUGGAGUCAUGUUCAUCGACGCAAUCCCCAAAACGAAUACAGGUAAAUUAUUGCGCCGCGAAUUGAAAAGCAUGCUAUUGUCUCAGAUCUCAUGAGGCUAAACUCAAGUUGAAGACUAUAUUAUUGCUUUUAAAAAAGCUGUUAUACCUUGAGAAAAUCACACAAAUUAUUUGCAGGAUAUGACUGUCGUUUGAAAUUUUUACCUUUCUUUGGUUAUACGUAUAACUCGAUGCUUAAUAUUCCAUUGUAAAAGCACUUAGUGCCUUAAUUUUCCCCUUUUUUUUCUGUACCGACUGGUGAGGUGAAGCUUUCACUUUUCAGUCAUUCGAAACUCUUGUAAAACGGAUAGUUUUCUCAAACAGCUUUUUUUCUUUUUCAAUUCCUGGUGCGCGUAUAAUUUACUCUAUAUAUUAUUCGGGUGAAUGUGUUCUCUCGUCGUCCUCGUGUGGACUGUCAAAAUUACUAAAUUCGAAUGCAAAUGCAUAUUCAAUGCAAAGUUAAUUUUGUUAUGUCAGUUGUCACUCGAUCGCACUAUAUAUUUGGUACUGUUUAUGUGACACAGUUUUAAGUGUUCUUGUAUGUAAGCUAAUUUGAUGUGAAGGUUUAUCAUUUUAACUUGAAAUAGCAUUUUAUUGGAAAGUUGAUCGUUUGAUGCGAUAAUUGAAAUUACCCGUAAUCUAGCUAUUAAAAUAAGUGGGGAAUUUAGUGAAAGUUUUUGUUGUCGGAAAGUGUCUAGAAAGGGAAUUCCCCUUUCCAUUGAUGUCGAAUGUAAAUACAUAAUUGGAACAUCUCAA